GCUGCGAUCCUGACAGCAUUCACAUUACAGUCCACUCCGAGUUUGAGAAUGACACACACGGCUUAAGCUCUGCCUCGGACGAGUUUGGAGUCAUUCGGAUUACAAUUUUGGACCAUUUUAAAGAUUCGAUUCGCCACCUGUGGAGUUUACGAUGUCAGGCUUGUUUUGUCGAAGUUUAUACGCGUUUAACGGGGAACAGCAUCAGCAGGGACUGAAGUUUGAGGCUGGAGAAGUGAUCAGGAUCACGCAGGCUCUGGAAGGAGGCUGGUGGGAGGGAGAGAAGGACGGAGUCAAGGGAUGGUUUCCCUCGACUUACGUGCAGGUGGAGAAACUGUCCUCGAUGUCUCCUCUGGACGAGCCACUGCCCAGAGACUGGAAGUGCUACAUGUCACCUCAGGGACGCAGAUACUACGUCAACACCGUCAGCAACGAGACAACAUGGGAGCGGCCAUCGAGCACGCCUGGCACCCCGAAAACACCGGUGAAACACAAGAACUCUGUCCCAACAGUGAAUGGAUUUCAUGGUAAUGGCAGCCCGUUGCAUCAGACUGAACCAUCGCAUGUAGUGAUGCGAAAGACCAGCACAGAUCAACAGAGUCCUGGCUCGACUUCACCCAGCAGGAAGCAGGAGUGUGAAUCCACAGUAACUAUCAACUGCGUGACGUUUCCUCUUCCACUGCACAUGUCUGAAAAGCAGCUGCUCAAACCAGACGAGUGGAGCUACUGUGAUUAUUUUUGGGCGGACAGAAAGGACCCGCAGGGAAGCGCCAACAUCUCAGGAUUCGAGGUUCUGCUGCAAAAACAGCUGAAGGGAAGGCAGAUGCAGAAAGAGAUGGCCGAGUUUGUGCGGGAGAGGAUCAAGAUUGAGGAGGAAUACGCCAAGAACCUGUCGAAGCUCUCGCAGAUCCCGCUAGCGGCGCAGGAGGAAGGCACGCUUGGAGAAGCUUGGGCUCAGCUGAAGAAAAGCCUGGCAGAUGAAGCAGAAGUUCAUCUCAAGUUCUCCUCCAAGCUUCAGAGUGAAGUGGAAAAGCCUCUGCUGAUAUUCCGGGAAAACUUCAAGAAGGACAUGAAGAAGUUCGACCAUCACAUGGCGGAUCUCAGGAAGCAGCUGGCCAGCCGAAACGCCGGCGUGGAGAAGGCACGGAAAGCGCUUGCAGAUCGGCAGAAGGAUCUGGAGUUAAAGACCCAGCAGCUGGAGAUCAAACUGAGCAGUAAGAUCGAGGAGGACAUCAAGAAAGCGCGCAGGAAAUCCACGCUCGCCGGUGAUGAUCUGAUGCGAUGUGUUGAUCUCUACAAUCAGUCCCAGUCCAAGUGGUUUGAGGAGAUGGUGACCAGCAGUCUGGAGCUUGAGCGUCUGGAGGUGGAGCGUGUGGAGAUGAUCAGACAGCAUCUGUGUCAGUACACAACGCUACGACACGAGACGGACAUGUUCAACCAAAGCACCAUAGAGCCGGUGGACAAACUCCUGCGGAGCGUGGACCCCGCCAGAGACCGAGAGCUGUGGGUCAAAGAACACAAGACAGGCGAGCUGAGACCGGUGGACAUGGACAUCUGAGACCAUCAGACUCGCAGCUUUAGAGACACUGAAUCGCAACGCAACACUGGCUGAAGGGAAAGCGCUC